ACAUCCUAGAACUAACCUAAUCACCCUUGAUCUCCCUAACCCAUGAAUUCAAAAGGUGAUUACUCACUAAUCUCCAUGAUUCCUCUUAAACCCAUAUUGGAUUUCAGAUUAAUCAUGUAGAGAAAUAGAUAAGAAAUCAACAAGAACACAAGAUGAAAGCAAUGAAAUCUCAAUCAAAAGAGGUUUUUUAUUAGUUUUUCUCUAGAAAAAGAGAUUAUCUUGCCUCCCAUGGCUUACCAAAGUACUUAACUUAGGUUUAGAAAGUGUAAAAACAUCAAAACAAAUGACCAAAAGGCCUCUGAAAUAACAUAAAAAUCGUCCAAGCAAAACACGCAGAGUGACCUAGCAUAGUCGCUCCAGGAGGUCACUCCCGACGCGUUUUUUUGUGUCUCGACGCGUCAAAACGCGAGUGACUUGAGCUGGUCGCUCUGGCUGGUCGCUCUGGCUGGUCGCUCUGGCUGGGAGUGACUUGAGGUAGUCGCUCUGGACUGGUCGCUCUGGCUGGGAGCGACCUCGGUAGGUCGCUCUGAGAGGUCACUCUGCGAUGCUCGACUAGGAUGGAUAUGCCUCUAGUAAAUUGAUCAUAACUCCUUCAUUACAUCUCCAAAUGACUUGAAACCACUUCCAUUAGAAAGCUGACUCAAUUUGCUGUGUCUCCACAAAAUCUUAGCAACAGAAGAUUUCUCUAAAGGCUCCAUCCAUGCUCAUCUUUCACCCCCUUUUGGAUCACAGUGCUCCCAAACAUCUCAAAUCACUCCAUGACACACUCCAGCACCUAAUAAGGACAAUGAAUGCAAAAUGCAACCUAGACAUGGCUAAAUCCUAAUCUAUAUGAUGAAAAUGCUCAUGGAUGAAUGGAUAAAACAAUGUAAAUAUGCAAGAUAUCAAUGGUUCCAAUAGUAUGUUGCCACUUCUUUACGAAGUUGAAACUGUGUGUUGUCUCUGUUUUUGUAGUAUGUAUGUGUGAAGAGAAAGGUUGAUUCAUAUAGCGUUAAAGUUGAGAGAGAAAUUUAAUUAUACUUCAGUUAUACCUAAAGUAGAAACAAUCCUUGAAUGCUUAACCUAUAGUUAGUACCCAAAUUCUCGUAACUCUUUAUCAAAAAAAAAAAAUUCUCGUAACCCCGAUUUUUUCUGUUAAAAUAUAUGUUCUAUACCUUGCAGAACAACCACGAAUAAUUACAAAUCAAGUAAAUUUGGAAAAUGAAUCCAAAAUACAUACGCAUUAUCUUUUUAUGUAAAAAGGAUAUUCUCAUAAUCUAAAAUAAAUCUACUCUCAGUGUAAACUAUUAAAUGUAUCAAAAUCCAAAUAAAUAUAUCCUCCUCGUUACAUCCAAAUUUAUAUCCAUUAAUCUUGUGUCGAACUAGUAAACCAAUAAAUUUAUAUCCAAAUUCUCAAAAAAAAACUAAUAAAUUACAUUUAUCCAAAUUAAAAGAAAAAAAUCCAUUAACAAUAACGUCAAAGGUAAUUUAGGCAAUUAAAAGCAAUCCGGUAUAUUCGCACCGAUAUCAUAUUCUGCCACGUUCCAUAUUUCUCUCUCUAGAAACGUAUAAGAAUCUUUAAGUAAAUAUACAGUCAAAACUCAAAAUAUCUCCAUCACCGCUCUAUAAAACCCCUUUUGCUCUCCGUCGCAAUAAGAAAACGCUCUCACGAAUUUUCAUAUCUUUUCUGAAUUAAGAUUAUUUACUUCUGUUAACGAUGGCAAAGAAUAUUCUGGUCACCGGCGGCUCUGGCUACAUCGGAAGUCAUACUGUGCUUCAACUGCUUAACGGUGGUUACUCCGCCGUCGUUGUUGACAACCUCGACAAUUCCUCUGCUGUUUCUCUCGAACGCGUUAAGAAACUCGCCGGCCAAAACGGAGACCGCCUCUCCUUCCACCAGGUGGAUCUCCGAGACAGACCUGCGCUUGAGAAGAUUUUCUCAGAAACUAAGUUUGAUGCAGUGAUACACUUUGCUGGACUUAAAGCAGUAGGUGAGAGUGUGGAGAAGCCUUUGCUUUAUUAUAAUAAUAACAUUGUUGGCACUAUUACUCUGUUGGAGGUUAUGGCUCAAUACGGCUGCAAAAAUCUUGUAUUUUCAUCCUCAGCUACUGUCUAUGGUUGGCCAAAAGAGGUUCCUUGCACUGAGGAGUCCCCAAUUUCUGCAACCAACCCAUAUGGCCGUACUAAGCUUUUCAUUGAAGAGAUUUGCCGGGAUGUACAUCGCUCGGACCCUGAAUGGAAGAUCAUAUUGCUUAGAUACUUCAACCCUGUUGGUGCACAUCCUAGUGGCUACAUUGGUGAAGAUCCUCUUGGAAUUCCAAACAAUCUCAUGCCUUAUAUCCAACAAGUUGCGGUUGGUCGGAGACCUCACCUCACCGUCUUUGGAACCGACUACAAGACAAAGGAUGGUACAGGGGUUAGAGAUUAUAUUCAUGUCAUUGAUUUAGCAGAUGGACAUAUAGCUGCUCUGCGCAAGCUAGAUGAUCUCAAAAUCAGUUGUGAGGUUUACAACCUUGGAACGGGUAAUGGAACAUCGGUCCUCGAAAUGGUUGCUGCCUUUGAGAAGGCAUCCGGAAAGAAAAUCCCGUUGGUGAUGGCCGGAAGACGUCCUGGAGACGCUGAGAUUGUUUACGCCUCAACAGAGAAAGCAGAACGCGAGCUAAACUGGAAGGCUAAGUAUGGGAUCGAAGAGAUGUGUAGGGAUCUAUGGAACUGGGCCAGCAAUAAUCCUUACGGCUACGACUCCUCCAAUGGCUCCUCUUAACUCUCGUUUUUUUUCUUGCAUUAUUUAUUUUUAUAAUCAUAUGAAAAAUGCUGAUCAAGAACCCAAAUUUUAGAAGCAAGUGGGGAAAUACGUGUAUCACUAAUUUUGAUCAUAGCUACUCUUUGAAUUUUUUUUAU